AUGGAACCAAAAGUCGGCGUCUCUGUAUUCGUCCGGAACAAUGGAGGCAAGUUCGUCCUUGGCAAACGAUUAGGAAGCACUGGAGCAGGCACCUGGGCCCUGCCGGGGGGGCACCUCGAAUUCGGCGAAUCUUUGGAAACUUGCGCAGCGCGAGAAGUGCUCGAAGAGACAGGGCUUGUUGUGCAAGAUUUACAGUUUCUAACUGUCGUGAACAGCGUCAUGCAUACAGAAGGCAGGCACUAUGCCGUUGUUUUUUUCGGGGGAUACAUCAGCGAGAAAGACGGAGAGGCUUACCAACCUCAGGUUAGUAUUUGGUAG